AUGGUGGUCAAUUCGGUGUUGCCGAGUUUGCUCAACAUAGCGCAACUGGUCACUUUCGUCAACGCCACCAUCCCCAGCACCACCCCCACUCCGCCCAUUGAGUACGAUCUAGCACCAGCCGAGAAGUACUCGCUAUCGCCCGUCCCACCUCCGCCCCCGGGCAGGGCGCACUGUAGUGUGGACGAUAUUGCGGUACAGGCAGAGUACGUGGUGAAGACGGUGCUGAAUCUGAACUACGACAAACAUCUGGCACCAGACCCCAACGGCGUCACAGUCAGCAUCGAAUUGGCGCUACAGACCUUCUACGACAUCAGUGAGACCAGUGCCAGUUUCACCGCCGAUGUGCUUAUGAGGUAUGGAUAAUAGUGUAUUACUAGAUUUCUAUGUAAGGUUAUUUUGAUUACAUUUCUUGUAAUUUAGUCAAAUAUGGCACGACCGCCGCCUCAAAUACGACAAUAUAUCAACCUGCCUUGAGAAUCUCACCUUAUCAUCACAGAUAACAGAGCGCAUCUGGCUGCCUUUUGUUUGUUUUGUCAAUUCGAAACGAUCAGACCUUCACACAUCACCUACUCCCAACACUUUCGUCCUCAUUUAUCCAAAUGGUACAGUCUGGGUACGUUUAUAUAUAUAAUAUAUGUUUUGCUCUUUAGAUAUAAUGUAUGAUAAAAGGUGCUUAAAUUUUUUUACAUUAUAAUAGUUGGCAACUCAUUUCGACCCAGGGAUGUCGCUACGGUUUUUCUCUGGGGGGGGGAGUCACCCCGAACCACCCCCCCCAAACGACGUCCCUGUUUCGACCUUACUGUUUUAGAUAAACUACCGUCUCCGAGUAGAAGGCCCAUGUUAUGUUAACCUGGAGAACUAUCCUUUUAAUGGAGAAGAAUGCGAACUUGUACUUGGUAUGACUAUAUAAUUAAAAUUCUCAAUAUUAAAUAUCAAAUGAUUUUAGAAUCUUACGCGUAUAAUGCUGCGACAGUACGAUUGAAAUGGCGAGAUUGGGACCCGGUAAGUGCAAAAAAAUAAUUUUGUGUGAAAGUCAGAAAACGCAAGAAGAUUAUGAUCAAAAGCAUAUCCAUCCAAAAACUAAAUUUUAAAAUUAAAAAAUAUUGCAAAAAAAUCAAUGAAGCUCGCCGCAGCCUGCCAACAACGCUCGCAGGCUGCACAAUCAAGGAAAUAGGCAAAAAGUUUUUGUUUAUUGAAAAUACCGGACAAAACAUGUCCAAAGUAAUAUUCAAACCAGUGAAAUCAAAUUCAAUCGUUUUAUUUACGUUUUUUUUGGCUAAAAACUAUUUGUAUAUUAAAUUGUCUAUGGUAAUUCAACUCUUUUAAAGCAUAUAAUAGUAAAGUAAAAUAAAUUUUAGGUAAUACAAUACCCGUCGAGGACAAAGUUGCCUGACUUUUCCCUCAGCGAAAUAAAAUGGGCCAAACAUUCCUUCAUCUAUGCCGCCGGGAAGUGGGACCAGGUACUGUUUUAUACUAUUUACUAUUUAAAAAAUGGUACUAAUAUAGUAACACCAAUCAUAUUAAUGUAUAUUUUUUUACUUUUUGUUGUUGUUUUGAAUUCUUUGGUUUUAAAAUUGUUAAAAGUAUGUUUUUAGCUAACAGUCAGUUUUUUUCUGACCCGAGAAGUGGGUGUAUACGUGAUGACAAUCUACUUUCCGACAUAUCUGAGUGUGGGUAUGUCGUGGAUAUCAUUUUGGCUGGAUCACAAGUGUUUACCGGCCAGAAUUACGUUAGGAGUAAGUUAGUUUACAAACGUUUUAUUUGAAAUUUGAUAGUUGUUAACGUUGAUGUUUAGGUAUCUGCUCUGAUGAGUUUGUCUCUACAGUACGGUAGUAUCUUACGGUCAUUGCCGAGGGUCAGGUAAGAUAUACUAAUGUAUUUUUAAGAAAAUUUUAAUAAUACAUUUUUAAGAGUUUUACGUCGCUAUGUUACACAUAUAGAUAACAUUAUAUUGUACUUGUCGUUUUAUGUGUUUUAUGUUAAAACCGUUUAUAAUCUAUCUAUAUAAUAUUAUGCUUUGAGUAAUGAAAUUAAUAGUUUUUAUUCAGCUACGUAAUGUCCGUGGAUAUUUGGAUGUUCAUGAUGUGUGUGUUUAUCGGCGCGACAUUAAUUGAAUUGGCUAUUGUUGGUUAUCUCGACCGGGCUGAUCGUCGCAAGAGGCGGAAGUUGAUGAGAGACCAAGGCUUCGAUGACAGUUUUGGAGAAGAGAUCAGAAGUUACGGCACCUUUUUCAGUAGGCCUGACUUGAAGAAUGGCGACAGACGACUGGAAGAGAACAACAUUACUGAUGAACCUGUAAGUUAUUAUGGAUCGUAGUAAAGUGAUCGAUUACUGCAGUAGUACCUAUUAAUUUAUAAAGAAUUUAUUUUUUAUACUUUAUGCUUUCAAUUUAACAUCGAAAUAAACCUCAAUACCGCUUCCAGAUGCACCUUCAGAUCGACACGGAAAUGCCUCGAGGGAUUCGGAAGCGGACCUCGACCCAACUCACCGCCCGCAUCUUCCAAGCCCGCUUCAUGUAUAAGCGGAUGAGAGAGUAAGCCUACUUAACCUAACAUACGAUUGUCUUUAGGAACUGGAAGGAUCCCGAAUUCUGGGAUGAGAAGGCACGCUUCUACUUUCCCUUCUCCUUCUUCGUCUUCAACGUACUCUACUGGUUGUACGUUGGGUGGCGACGCUUCCACGACGGAUUACAACCCGGCUUGUAG